CUUCGCCGUGUUGUAGAAUGGAUUCGGUAACCACUAUUGCCGCGUUGUACAUAAAAGAAUCUUCUUUAACCCAAAAACCCCACACUUUCCCCUUUUUCUUCCGUCAAAAAAUCCGAAAUACUAUUACGGUUUUUCAGAAGAAGAAGAAAAAUCAAUCGCCGAUCGAUCAAUCACGAUGAGUUUUUUAUUUGGCAAGAGAAAAACUCCGGCAGAACUCCUGCGUGAAAACAAGCGUAUGCUUGAUAAAUCUAUCCGAGAAAUAGAAAGGGAGAGACAGGGCUUACAAACACAAGAAAAGAAACUAAUUGCAGAGAUAAAGAAAAGUGCAAAGCAAGGACAGAUGGGCGCUGUGAAGGUGAUGGCGAAAGAUCUUAUCAGAACAAGGCAUCAGAUUGAAAAAUUUUACAAGCUUAAGUCCCAACUUCAAGGUGUCUCCCUCAGAAUUCAGACUUUGAAAUCAACACAAGCAAUGGGUGAAGCAAUGAAAGGCGUUACAAAGGCAAUGGGACAGAUGAACAGGCAGAUGAAUUUGCCAGCAUUGCAGAGAAUAAUGCAAGAAUUUGAGAUGCAAAAUGAAAAGAUGGAAAUGGUGAGUGAGGUGAUGGGAGAUGCCAUUGAUGAUGCUUUGGAAGGGGAUGAGGAAGAAGAAGAAACUGAAGAGUUGGUGAGCCAGGUCCUUGAUGAGAUUGGAAUUAAUAUCAACAAUGAGCUUGUCAAUGCUCCUUCUUCUGCGGUGGCUGCUCCAGCAGCGAAAGGCAAGGUUGCACAAGCUGAGGCAACUGACAAUGACGAUGGUGGGAUAGACAGUGAUCUGCAAGCAAGGUUAGACAAUUUGAGGAAAAUGUAAAUUGCUUGUAGAAUGAAUUGGAAACUUUAUAUGGCCUUGUAAUAUUUGUGAAAAUUCUGGAAUUCAUGAUCAGGCAUUGUGUCUGUCAUUGCAAUUUGCAAAACAUAGCAUACCCUAUGCUUUCUAUUUAUUCUU